GCCUCGCGAACGUCCCCGUGUCCUCCCCGACGCCCCGGAGCCGCCGGCCGCCAGCUCCAGCACCAAGCACCGGCCAAAAGGAAGUGGACUGGAGUAUAAUGGAGGCCUCAGUAAUACUACCCAUUCUGAAGAAGAAACUCGCCUUCCUUUCAGGAGGAAAGGACAGACGAAGUGGCCUGAUUCUGACAAUUCCAUUAUGCCUUGAACAGACAAAUAUGGAUGAGCUGAGUGUCACCUUAGACUACCUACUCAGCAUUCCAAGUGAAAAAUGUAAGGCGAGAGGGUUUACCGUGAUUGUGGAUGGCAGAAAAUCACAGUGGAAUGUGGUGAAAACAGUAGUCUUAAUGCUACAGAAUGUUGUUCCAGCUGAGGUAUCCCUUGUCUGUGUCGUGAAACCAGAUGAAUUUUGGGACAAGAAAGUAACACAUUUUUGUUUUUGGAAAGAAAAGGAUAGACUUGGCUUUGAGGUCAUUUUAGUGUCUGCCAAUAAAUUAACUCGUUACAUUGAGCCAUGCCAGUUAACAGAAGAUUUUGGUGGGAGUCUCACCUAUGAUCAUAUGGAUUGGCUAAAUAAAAGGCUGGUUUUUGAGAAGUUUACUAAAGAGUCUACAUCAUUACUAGAUGAACUUGCUUUGAUUAACAAUGGAAGUGAUAAAGGAAGUCAGCAAGAGAAGGAAAGAUCUGUGGACUUAAAUUUUCUUCCCUCUGUUGAUCCUGAAACAGUUCUUCAGACAGGGCAUGAAUUGUUAUCCGAAUUACAGCAGCGUCGAUUUAAUGGCUCAGAUGGAGGAGUCUCAUGGUCUCCCAUGGAUGAUGAGCUGCUUGCACAGCCACAGGUUAUGAAACUGUUAGACUCGCUCCGAGAGCAGUACACUCGCUACCAGGAGGUUUGUAGGCAGCGUAGUAAGCGUACCCAGUUAGAAGAGAUCCAACAGAAGGUGAUGCAGGUUGUGAACUGGCUUGAAGGGCCUGGAUCAGAACAACUCAGAGCCCAGUGGGGGAUUGGUGACUCCAUUAGGGCUUCCCAGGCCCUCCAGCAGAAGCAUGAAGAAAUUGAGAGCCAGCACAGUGAGUGGUUUGCAGUAUAUGUGGAGCUUAAUCAACAAAUUGCAGCACUCCUGAACGCUGGAGAUGAGGAGGAUCUUGUGGAACUGAAGUCUCUGCAGCAACAGCUUAGUGAUGUUUGUUACCGACAGGCCAGUCAGCUGGAGUUUAGACAGAAUCUCCUGCAAGCAGCUCUUGAGUUCCAUGGAGUUGCCCAAGAUUUGUCUCAGCAGUUGGAUGGCUUAUUAGGGAUGUUGUGCGUAGAUGUAGCACCAGCUGAUGGAGCAUCGAUUCAGCAAACUUUAAAACUGCUUGAAGAGAAGCUGAAAAGUGUUGAUGUGGGAUUGCAAGGUUUGCGUGAGAAAGGUCAAGGUCUCCUGGAUCAGCUCUCCAAUCAGGCUUCCUGGGCCUAUGGAAAGGAUGUAACCAUUGAGAACAAAGAAAGUGUGGACCACAUACAAGGAGUCAUGGAAGACAUGCAGCUUAGGAAACAAAGAUGUGAAGACAUGGUAGAUGUGCGACGGUUAAAGAUGCUUCAGAUGGUUCAGCUGUUUAAGUGUGAAGAAGAUGCUGCCCAGGCGGUUGAAUGGCUCAGUGAACUGCUGGAUGCUCUGCUGAAGACCCACAUCAGAUUGGGUGAUGAUGCUCAGGAAACAAAAGUUUUACUGGAAAAGCAUAGAAAAUUUGUUGAUGUUGCACAGAGCACUUACGACUAUGGUAGACAGUUGUUGCAGGCCACCGUGGUGCUGUGCCAGUCUUUGCGCUGCACUUCUCGGUCCUCCGGGGACACCCUUCCUCGCCUGAACCGAGUAUGGAAGCAGUUCACCAUCGCAUCUGAGGAGAGAGUGCAUAGGUUGGAAAUGGCUAUUGCAUUUCACUCAAAUGCUGAAAAGAUUUUGCAAGACUGUCCAGAAGAGCCUGAAGCUAUUAAUGAUGAGGAGCAAUUUGAUGAAAUUGAAGCAGUUGGGAAAUCACUUUUGGAUAGAUUAACUGUUCCUGUGGUUUAUCCUGAUGGAACUGAACAAUAUUUUGGGAGUCCAAGUGACCUGGCUUCUACUGCAGAGCACAUCAGAGACAGGAUGAAGUUAGUCAGUCUCAAAAGGCAGCAGCUGAGACCUCCUGAGAUGGUGACCGCAGAGAGCUAAUGGCCACCAGCUCACUGCAGAGCUGCCGUUCACACUCCGCAUGGCGUCCGCAUACCACAGCAUUAGCCACGCAUUUCACAGCAGGAUAAGCCUCAUUUCUUCCCAUGACACAUUUCUUUCUACAUGUUAACACCAUGCAGCUGCCAAGGCAUAAUUACCUAACAUGCUUUGAGAACUUAGACUCCAUGUAUCUUAAAAGAAGGAACUACAAAUGUUGCACUGAAAAUUAGCUUUAAAGCUUUAUCCGACCUGUCAGUUUAUAGGUGAACAACUGAUAGUAAGCUUUGAAUGGUGCUAAUAUAAGUUUAAAAAUUCUAUUAAAAAAAAAAAAAGAAAUGGUUGCCCUCCCUCUCCAGGUGGUUGUAGUAAAUUUAGAUAGUAGUUAAACUGUUACUACUAGCCAGUCCAGUGGUGUCCUCAAAAUCUUACUUUGUAAUUCCUCAAAUUGAUUAUUUUUAUUGUGUCAAUAUGGAGACAACCCAUCAUAUCUUUGAUAUAUCAUAUUCAUUAAAGGACAUUUCUUAUUUGUAUUGAUAAUGUGUUAAAAGUUGUUUGUGUUUAAUAAAAGGCUUCUUUAAACAUCUUAUUUAAUUUGAUAGUUAUAUCCUACUUCCAAAUGUGAGUGCCUUAUUUAAAGGGGCAUUCUUAGGAUUGUGAGGAUGGUUUAAUAUUUGUUUUUAUUAUCAUGGUGGUUGCAUGUAUUCUAGCCAGAAAAUUUAUAUGUAAGCACGUGUAUAUAAUAAGCAUGUUUCAUCAUGAGAAAUGAUUGUGAAGAACAAUUUAGAACUUUUA